UUGAACCUUUCACCCCCAUUGUUCCAACAAAAAAAAUGGCCCAAAUGGCAAUGGCUACUACUAUCGAGCCAUAUCGCAGGGGGAUUUCAUUUGCCGAAUGGGUAGAGAGAUUGGAAUUCUUUUUCGAAGCAAACGAUAUCCAGGAUAAUCUGCGUAGACCGCAUUUUAUCACUUUGGGGGGACCCGUAGUGUAUAAAGAAGUGAAACUUUUGUAUCCGAACACUAAUAUCAAUGAAGUGCCAUAUGCAGACAUGAUUGCCAGACUCAAAUCCAGACUUGACAAAACUGAAUCAGAUUUAAUACAAAGAUUUAAAUUUAAUAACCGAGUGCAGCAACCGGAUGAAUCGGUAGAGGAUUUUGUUUUAUCGGUUAAGCUGCAAGCGGAGUUUUGUUCCUUCGGAAACUUUAAAGAGCUGGCAAUCAGGGACCGAAUAGUGGCUGGCAUAAGGGAAGCUGCCUUACAGCAGCGACUAUUAAACGAGGAAAACUUGACUCUGCCAGCGGCAGAAAAAAUCAUUACAACAUGGGAAAUGGCUGGGGCAAAUGCCAGAACUUUGGGUGUUUCGGGUACUAUAGGGCAAUCCUUCAAUAAACUAUUAAACACUUAUGCUGUUGCAAACCAGAUUAAUGGUCAGAUUGCCUCUGUCAGAGGACCCGUAAAACAUAGGCUGGGGGUUAGGCCACAUAAUAAUGGAUUUUCUAACGAAAAAAGGGGGGCAAAUGAUAGAAAUUUAGGCGAAGGCUUCAGGUCAGCAGAUUGGAAAAGAAGGCGUCCUGAUUAUUCUGGUUACACUUGUGAUUUCUGUGGUGCCAAGGGGCAUAUCAAGCGAAAAUGUUUUAGAUACAUAAACCUCAGACGCAAUGCAGUCAACCUGGUGCAAUCUCCACAACCAGGACCCAGCACCGACACAAAUUUGAAUGAGCUAAUGAACCGAAUGACGACCAACGAUCUAGGAAGCGACGAUGAAGACGACAACAACGAGUCAGGUGAAUUUUCGUGCAUGUUAGUGACGUCAAUAAACAGAAUAAGUGAGCCAUUCUUGAUUGAUUUAGCCAUCGAAGGGCAUUUAGUUACAAUGGAAGUAGAUUGUGGGUCUGCAGUAUCGGUAAUAAACAGAGAACAGUAUUUGAAUCAGUUUGACAAACCUUUGCAAAAGUGCACGAAACAAUUAAUUGUAGUAAAUGGUGCUAAACUGAAAAUCGAGGGUGAAGUUUUAAUUACCAUUGGAAACGUCCCGGUCAUGGCUCAUCGCAACCAGCUAAGAGUCAGUAAAAGCUCAUCAUAUUCGCUUCGGCCCAAGAUCUCCAUUUCGAUGAAGGAAGUUGGAAAGUCACCCAGGGUGAAUCGCGCCUGGACAAUAAUGGACUUCCGGUGGUACUUGUUCGGGUUGAUAGAGGACAGGACGAAUUACACUCGAGCGAUGGGGCAGGCUAAUCGCUGA